CGCAAAGCUUUUAAUGGUCUGGCAGGCUUUGGCAAGCUAAAAUGUACAAUUAAAUUUCCAGUUAAUUAUCACGAAAAUAUUAUUAUCCAGCUAACCGUUGUUUGAAAUCCAGCAUUCUCAGAUUAAAUGCAUUAAAAUGGACCACCGUGUAUUUAUAACACUGCUGUUCGUGUUGAGCGGCACCCUGAAUGUUUUAUUAAUCAAAUGGGUGAGCAAUCAAAAUGUGGAGGGCAGUGAUGGAAAGCCGCAUCGUUUUCAACAUCCCGUCGUCUUGACCAUGCUCAUGUUCCUGGGCGAAUUUUUAUGUUUUGGAGUUUACAAAGUGGUGAACGCACUGAUGUCUCGACGUGGAUUAAGCGCAGAACAAGAUCAUAUUUUGACACGCGGCAGCAAUGAGUUCCAUCCCCUCAGCAUGUUGCUGCCAUCGUUUCUACGUACGAUUGCAUCCAUUUUGCUGUUUACCGGCUUGUUUUUAACCUAUGCGACCAGCUUUCAAAUGAUAAGAGGCGUUGCACUGAUCUUUGUGGGUCUGUUUAGCACCAUGUAUUUGAACCAUACAUUGAGCUCCCGUCAUUGGCUGGCCAUUUUUACCAUGACAUGCGGCAUCAUUGACAUAUUGGCUUUGGAUGUACAACGCGUGGAUUACGAUUAUGUAACGUUGCCACAUACAGAUCACAACACGAUCCUUACAGGUGACCUAUUGAUCAUAUUUGCCGAAGUUCUUCACGCCUUUCUGUACGUGUACGAGGAGAAGCAUAUGAAGGCCUCGGACUUGGUGCCUAUUCAGGCGGCUGGUUGGCAAGGCAUCUUUGGCAUUGUCAUCACUGCAGUGGCCGCCAUUUGCUUUAACUUUGUGCCAAUCCUUGCACCAUUUAAUGAGAGCUCACGUGGUGUCUUUGAUGAUUGGACCGAUCUUCUUCCGCAGUUACGUGGGAACACCAUGUUAAUCCUGGCACUUGUCGGCUUCACAUGCUCCUGUGCCAUUCACAACUGUGUGGGCAUGACCAUUUCCAAGUUCUCCUCAAGCGGCAAUCGUCUGCUCGCUGAUGGAAUACGUGUCUACUUCAUCUGGGCAUUUGUUAUCUUUGCCGAAUGGGAAAUUUUGAAUUUAAUAACUAUUUUAGGAUUUUUCAUACUGCAAACGGGUAUCAUUUUGUACAGACAGGCUAUAUUUGUGGAAUGGUAUCGAUCAACCCUCGCUCGUUGGCAGCGUAUUCGUUAUAUGGACAUGAAUGCAGAUGCUGCACCCACGCCCAGCAGUCAGCCCGCAGAUGUUAUCUAAAGUGAAGUAAGGAAAUUGUCGACGAAGUUUGUAUAGAUUGUGAUAUGGGAGGAGGGCUGCUAUAGACCUAUCCAGUUUUGGGAUGGAUCUCUAAAAUAUACCUAUCAAUUUAAAUUAGCUUACAAAUAAAUACUGUCAAAAGUUUAUUAUCACGAA